AUGACAACAAAUUCUAAAGACAUUGAAUCCGAUAUCAGUAACUUCGUCACUAAAAUGAACGCCGAUCGCACUAAGCAGCAGGAAAAGGCUGAAGGCUUGAAAGAUCUCUGUAACGAAUUUGUUUUACAGUUGCUGGACACAGUCGAAAGUGUUAUGACGGAUGUAUAUUCAACUUCAAACGAGAUUGCGCAGAACCGGUUUACUGAUAUUUCUAAGGUGAUUCAAAACAUUAAGUACAUGGAAGAAGAAAAAGAAAACUUCAAAGAAAAUCUAAAAAAUUUCAACAACAAUUUCAAUGGGACCACUUCAUGA